AAACUACUGUGCCUCACUAGUUGCUCUCAAAACUACUGUGCCUCACCUAGUUGCUCUCAAAACUACUGUGCCUCACUAGUUGCUCUCAAAACUACUUGCCUCACUAGUUGCUCUCAAAACUACUGUGCCUCACUAGUUGCUCUCAAAACUACUGUGCCUCACUAG